CAGCGAUGAUUAUGCAAUCUGAACGAUGGCGUACCGUGUGACGUAGUACCGGAGGCGUUGGCCGGUUACUGGUACUGUAUUGGUACGCGAGGCGGAGGAAAGACGUCUUUUGAAUCCGUAGAGAAACCGGAAUCAAAUCCUUUGAAACGUGCUUCACGUCUUGUGCAAACAAAGCCGCUGAGUAUUUUAAACCGGUCGAAAUGAUCAGAAACGGUCACCACGCCACCAGCGACGGACAGGAUGAGGCUGUUUGGAGUAAGCCGAGCGGGUCGGUGCGCAGCCCGGAGAAAAGAAAGCGGGUCGUCCGCUUGUGGUGUGACGGCUGCUAUGACAUGGUUCACUACGGCCACUCCAACCAGCUGCGACAGGCCAAGGCCAUGGGAGAUUACCUCAUAGUCGGGGUGCAUACUGAUGCUGAGAUUUCCAAGCACAAGGGCCCUCCUGUCUUCACUCAAGAAGAACGCUACAAGAUGGUCCGGGCCAUCAAGUGGGUGGAUGAGAUGGUGGAAGGAGCCCCGUACGUCACCACCCUGGAGACUCUGGACAAGUACAACUGUGACUUCUGUGUGCACGGAGACGACAUCACACUGACGGUGGAUGGAAAGGACACGUAUGAGGAGGUGAAGCGUGAAGGGCGCUACCGGGAGUGUAAACGGACACAGGGUGUCUCCACCACUGACCUGGUGGGACGAAUGCUUCUCAUGACCAAAGCCCAUCAUAGCAACAUGGAUAACCCGGAUUACCAGCAGCAUACUGACAACUUUGGAAAAGGUCCUAAAGGCCAUAGUCCAUGGACCGGAGUGUCACAGUUCCUCCAAACGUCCCAAAAGAUCAUCCAGUUUGCCUCAGGAAAGGAGCCUCAGCCUGGAGACACCAUCAUCUACGUGGCAGGGGCAUUUGACCUCUUCCAUAUUGGUCAUGUUGACUUCUUAGAGAUGGUCUACAAGCAGGCGGAGAGGCCUUACGUCAUCGUGGGUCUGCACUUUGAUCAGGAAGUGAAUCGGUACAAGGGGAAGAACUAUCCAAUCAUGAACAUCCAUGAGAGGACGUUGAGUGUUCUUGCCUGUCGGUAUGUGUCAGAGGUGGUGAUCGGUGCUCCCUACGCAGUGGGCAAAGAUCUGCUGGAUCAUUUUAAGGUUGACCUGGUGUGUCAUGGGAAGACGGAGGUGAUCCCUGACAAAGACACGUCAGACCCCUACGCUGAGCCUAAGAAAAGGGGGAUAUUCAGGACGAUUGACAGUGCGAACAAUCUCACCACUGAUGACAUCGUCAAGAGGAUCAUUGAAAACCGGCUGCAGUUUGAAGCUAGGAAUCAGAAGAAGGAGGCCAAGGAGAUGGCUGUGAUCGAGGCAAUGAAGAGGAGAGAGCAGCAGGAGCAGAGUGAAGAUUCAGCUCAGGUUGCUCUCCAGUGAGACAUCGUACCUGGUUCUGUGUCCGAUUCACUCGUCCUGGUACACUCGGCUUUGAGAGGGCGGACUGAACUAACCCCACACGGACGGCCAUGUCGGUCUGGACGCAGAAUCCUGCUUUAAAUGUUGGAUGCACACGGCUUAGCUUCUCUCAGCAGACGGCUUCAGACUAAGCUGUCAGAUCUGCCGUAAAAAGAGCAACGAAUCCAAACUCACGCUACGCUUUAACCUGCAGAUCCCUUUUAAAACUCAUGUCCUCCACAGAGAACUUUUUACUUCAUUUUUCUGACAUGUAGUAUUUUUGUUUUUGUAAUCAUACAGUAUGUGUUCCGAUUUACCUUUUAAAAGGGGUAUGUUGAUUUUGUAAUACGCCAUAGCUUUUCAGUUAUGUUUUUAGAUUUUAGUCUUUAUGAAGCAUCAUCAGUAAUAUUGAAUGUGGUCUAUUUUUUUUCAAUACACUGGGAAAUAUAGAUUUAAUCUAUAGUUUCGAGAAAUCACUUUGUUUUUAUUCAUCCUGGACAAACAUAAUUAUUAGUAUGUUAAGGAAUCUGUGGAGUAGUGUUUUAAUAUUUAAAUGUGGAUUUGAAUUACCUGAUGGUGUGCGUGUUGAAUGAGGUUAAUGUGAGGGUUUGCACUGUAAAUGAUUGUAAAUUCAUGCCUCAUUCCUACAGCUUUAACUAAUUUAAGGGCUUUUUAAUUAUAUGUUAAAAAAAACGUGGCACUACAGCUGUUGGUAAAGUCUCUCCUUGGUCGGCUGCUCAGUGCGAUUUCAAAAACUAGUACGUCCUCUUGUCUCGUUCAAGUGAAUCCAAUAGCUUAAUAAAGUGGCACCCAGUUCCCGGUCAAACUGCUUUGUGAAUCGCCUUUCUUGUUGUCACAUGGCGCAAAUAACUCCAAGGUGAAUUAUAAACAGUGCGAGACUCUGACUAUGGAAUGAAUAGAUUUAGUGACUAGUUACUAAAUAAUAGAUGGGAAUUUCCACACCCGUUCAAACACUAUAUUGCAACUUCCCCUUUAAAGAAUAAAUGGUAUUAUGUCUACCAUCUCUGAUGUCUGUUUUACAGCAUCAUGUGUGCAGCCUGACGAGAUCUUUGUUGGAUCAGCACAUCGUCACAGUUCACUGAGUUUGUGAAAUGAGGCCACAGCCGCUGAGAAAAUGCUAAAUCCCAUCGGUCCCGUCUCGUUUACUCUGCUCACAGAUAUGAACAAACCCUGCACACUGUCCCCUCAUUACAAACACAAAGAGCCUUUAAUCCUGCUGCAUCCAUUCACUCAGCUGAAUGAUACAGAAACAUCAAGAUCUCACUCUCCACAUUCAUUUGGUCCAACUUGUGUAUUCUUUACAUUGGUCUGCCAUUUAUUCGAUGGAAUAGUGGAGAUUAGCAAUUUAACAACCACUGGGGAAAUGCUACUUUUUGUGCAUUGUUUAUUUGACUAUUAUUGGGCCAAAGAAAACAAACAUUUAGGGGAAGAAUAAUAA